AGCGCCGGCUUUGUUCAUGGCCGCUUACGUCGACCAGCCUCCUCCAACUCCAUAGUAACGUUGUACAGCCAUGAAUCCGGGCUGCGAUCGUCGUACUCGUCCCGCAACCGCAGCCGGCAGCAUCCAUGGCAAUGUCAUAGUUCAUGCGCAUAAUUGCAUUAUCAUCCUUUCGUUACGAAUACUUCUAUUUUCACUGCUGCCUGUAGAUACAUCUUUUUCUCCCUCCUCCAUCCUCCGCCUUUCCCACUGGGAGUCACAACUUUGUGCCUCAACCCUUCCGAGUAACAGGAGCAUCUCUUUAAAUCUCCAGCAUGAGAGUCCUUUCAGUCCUCUCGGCGGCAGCUGUCGCCUCGGCCUUUGUGAUCCCAGAUCAAGCCACCCUAGACGCCCUAGCGCUUCAGAACCAGGACCUCGAACAGCCUAAGGAACAUCCUUUUUGGGAGAAGGUCCAUAAGGCCGAAAACUUCUGGGAGGAUCUCGAAGAAGAAUUCACAAGAGCAGCGAACUGUGCCAAAGAUACAGCUGUAAAAUAUGGCGAAGACUUCCGAAAUGCCUUCGCAGGGGAUGCUUGGUUGGAUACGGCCGACUAUGACCUUGAUUUGAUUGAAAAGCCUCCUCACCACGGCCCUCCACAUCAUGGGCCUCCUGGCGGCCAUCCACCUGGCCACAAGCCACACCAUCCUCCCGAUCAUCACCACCAGCCCAACGAGACAGUGUACCAGUUGAUCUCCAAGAGCAAGUACACGACAAAGUUGGCUGCUGCCAUUAAUGAAUUCCCCGACCUUGUUGAUCUACUCAAUGGCACAAAGGCCAACUACACCAUCUUUGCACCGACAGACAGAGCGUUUGACAAGAUUCCAGAACACGCACCAAAGCCACCGAAAGAAUUCUUGAAGAAGAUUCUCACCUACCAUAUCUCGACGGAGUUUUACCCGGCAGGACAGGUAUUUAAUAGUCGCACAAUCCCCACGAUUCUGGAAGCCGAGUACAUCGGCAAGGUGCCACAGCGAAUCUCUACCCAGGUCUCGCUCAAAGGCUUGACACUCAACUUCUACUCCCGUAUCGUGGCCAUUGACAUUUUCGGUACAAACGGUGUCAUUCAUGGAAUUGACAGCCUUCUGCUUCCCCCGCCCAAAGUCGUGGAUAUCCUUUCUCUUUUGCCAGGCGAGUUCAGCACACUGGACCUCGCCCUGGAGAAGACCGGUCUCUAUCCACUAUUCAAUGAUACCUCCAAGCACAAGGGAGGUACGCUCUUUGCACCCUCCAACUGGGCCUUCCAGCGCCUCGGGCCCAGAAUCAAUGCUUUCCUUUUCAGCAAGUAUGGUCAGAAAUAUCUCAAGGCUUUGAUCCUCUAUCACGCUGGUGACAACAUCACUCUUUAUUCCGACGCCAUCUACAAGCUCGACACGGACUCGCCACCGCAUCACAAAGUGCCCAAGGGAUUUAUUCAUGUCGAUAUCCCGACUGGCCUUGAAGGCAAGAGCUUAAGCGUUGACAUUGGUCGGUACGGCCGAUUGAUCACCAUGAAAAUCAAUGGCUUCACCAGAGUCAGCGUCCUCGAUGGGAUUGCCGCUGACGGUGUUAUCCAUGUGGUCCCGAAUGUACUGAUUCCGCCAAAGACACCAGGUGGUCCAGGUGUUGCCGAAGACAACAUGGAUUUGGAUGAGUUCAAAGCGAGGAUGGCUCCCCUUGUUGAUGGAGAGGACGAUGACUCGGAGUGGGUCGAAGAAGAUCCUUCUGAACUCUGAUUUACGAUGACCACCGUUCCUUAUACCAAGCCUCAAAGGGCACACUCGGGUACACGUGUGAUUGUCCACAGCGACGCGACCACGACUGACGAUCCUUACUGCCAUUAAUAUUUGGACUAUCCACGGAGUUAGGGGGGAAACCAAUGCAAACAGUUUGAAGUACAGGUCGCAUGACUGUUUCAAGUAGCAUAAUUUCUGUCUCGUUACUACUGGAUAUUUCCACUGUCUCCGACUUCCCAACUUGGCCGUAGAGUCCGUUCAGAAAUGCGCAUCGGUAAGCUUCUCCGUGACGGAUGGAUCGUCGACAUCCACACCAUCGAGAUACCAGCGACCCUCAAUACCGCUCUCCGGCACUGCCACGCCGUCUCCGUUCCUUCCUAGCACGAUGUCGUUGGCACUCAUCUGCCUCUUUUUCAUCUUGCCGGUUUCAUAGUCAAAUGUCCAAUCCUCCAACCCAUAGCAUCUCUUCCACUUCAUGCCGUCGUGGCUAUCCUGGUAUUCGUACCAGAACUGCACGGCAAUCUUGUUGUCGGUGAAGGCGAACAGCUCCUUGCGCAGGCGGUAGUUCUUUUCCUUUGCCCACUUCUCGGUCAAGAAUUCGAUGAUCUUGUUCGUGCCGCGGAAGAAGGCGUCGCGGUUGCGCCACACACAGUCGGCAGUGUACCCUUUGGACACCUGCUCCGGGUUGCGUGUGUUCCACAUGUUUUGCGCGAACUUGACCUUCUCCUGUGCCGUCUCACGUGUGAAGGGAGGCCGGAUUGCCGCCAUGGUCGAUUGUACCACGUUAAAUUAAUGAAAGAUGGGGAAAUGGAAUUACAGGGUCUGACACACCUAUAUAGAAGUUGGAUUUAUAGGAUUGGCUUCGACAACGGCGGAGAAGCCACGCUUAUGUAUACUUCUGUAAUUUCAUAUCAAUCUCACCGUCAGCCGGUUACAAGGGCACACAUCAAAAACGGGUUCCCUUUCUCGUAAUCAGCAGUUCCUGCACCCGUAAUCCAGUCAAGCGGCGUGCGCUGACGAGGUUGUUCAAGCCACGGGCAAACACCGCUUC